AUGCAUGCUAAUAAUAAUAGAGGAAAUGGAUAUGAAAGAGAAGAGGGGGAGGAGGAAGAAAUAAAAGAAGAUAUAUCACUAAUACCUCAAGAAUAUUGGGAAAUACUUUUACAAUCACUUUUAAAUUUAACAAAUAAAGAAGAAAAUAUUUAUGUAAAAACUCAAAACGGCCAACAUCUUUUUGAUGUUUCAACAUCCAAUUAUAGCAAAAGAAGUGUUGAAGCUUGGACUUUAUUUUGUAUUUUUAUUGUCUCAAAAAUUCGAUUUGGAUUUGUAAUGGAAUGCUUUUUACAUUCAAACUUUAAAAAUAAAAGAAAAAAUGUUCAACAAGAAUUUAAUAAAAAUAAUACAAAAAAUACUCAACAAAUAAUUUACGAUUUUAGAAGAAAUUCUAUUUCAAGUGAAAAUACUUUAUUUUAUAAAGAAAAUAUUAAAUAA